GCAUCCUCAAGUGUACUUGUGACUGAAUUUGUAUAUCAAAUAAUAAUGUUCCAUCAUAUCUUUGUAAUAUACAUUUUAUUAGUGUUGCGUGUUUAUGCACAAGAUCCUGUCGCGAAUUUAAUUCAAGGUCGUGUUGUAGGGAUAAAGGCAUUUAUGGAAAAUUCUGCAUCUCCUAUCGAAAUAUAUUAUGGAAUUCCCUAUGCAACGCCUCCAGUUGGGAGAUUAAGAUUUUCACCUCCUGAGCGACAUACGGGUUGGAAAAAAACUUAUUUUGCUCAUCGAAUGCCUCCGAGUUGUCCUCAGAUUCAGGAUGGAAAUGAUUCCACUGAAAAUUGUCUAUGCCUAAACAUAUGGACAUCAAGGCAUGCAGACGGGCAAUUGCAACCUGUCAUAGUAAUCUUUUAUAGCGACUCUUGGGCAGGUGGUAGUUUGAAUUUACCAUGUCAGGAAUUAGCAGCGGAAGGAGUGGUUGUUGUUACAGUAGCUUACCGCUUACAUAUUCUGUCAUUCUUUACAUUAAAGACUGUUGAAGCUCGUGGUAAUCUUGCGUUGCUGGAUCAGUAUAUGGCUCUACUGUGGGUUCGUGAAAAUAUAUCAGCAUUCGGUGGUGACCCGACAUCGAUAACUCUUUUUGGCCACUCGGCAGGCGCUGAUAGCGUAUUAUAUCACAUAGUUUCACCUCGUUCUGCGGGUUUGUUCCAUAGAGUGAUUAUUAUUUCUCCUCGAAAUAUUUGGAGAGCAAUACAUGAAGAGGAUAAUGUAGUAGAUAAAAAGAAGAUAUCUCAAAUGAUUGCAGAAUCAUUAGGAUGUUUGAAUAAUACAAACGACCAUGAGAUGUUGCAUUGCAUGCGUACUAAACCCAUAGAAGAAAUCGAGAAAAUAUUUUCUAAUAAUACCUGGAACAAGCUCAUGCAACCCACGCCCGAUAAUUUUUUACCAGAAUCAGUACAAUAUCUACCUUAUUCUUUGGCGACAGCCUUGAAGAAAUUGUCAAAUAUACCCUUAGACGUAAUGCUUGGAACUACGGAUCUUGAAGCUUUAGAUCUUCAGGACAGUCGUAUUAAAAGUUUUUCCAGAAAAAGUUUUCAACAGAUAUAUAAUUUUACAAUGGAAAAAGUUCUUCCUGAUAUUUUUAAUGCUUUAUCAUUAAAUAAUCCUGAAUCAUUACGACUGUUGAAUGAAGCGGUACGUUGGGAGUAUUGGUCAUCUCUAUUGCAGCAAGGGUCAGAUAAGGGAACUCUUGAUGCUCUAGUAGCUCUCGUCACUAUGGACACUGUUGUGAAUUGGGGUGUUGGAAGCUUUUUGCUAGCGGAAAAAAUUGCUAAUUUAGUAUCACGUACAUAUGUUUUUCGUUAUUCGCAUCCAUCAUAUGUAGAUCUUCACGGAAAUCGUCUUAAUAUAACAGGUGCCAUGAGAGGGACGGAUCUUAUUGCAUUACUAGGCGAUGCCAUGAUGCUACAAGUAGCUAGAAGACCUGCUUCUAAUGAUGAAAAAUAUAUUUCUUCGAACUAUAGGCGAUACAUAAUUAAUUUUGUGAAAUUUGGUGCGCCAAGUACUAAAGACGAAUGGCGUCGUUUUACGGUUAAUGAAAAGAAUGUAUUUGAAAUAUGCGAUAGAAAUUUAGCACGCUGUUGUCUCAAAAAUAUCCAAAAAGAUGUAGCAUUUUGGACACAAUACUUACCACGACUUGCUAAUUCUUUCGUAACCUCUAAGGAAUAUUCAGAAAAGGUAGUAGGAGAUCAAGGUGAAAGCCGUUUACGAGGUGGAAUAUUUGCCAUGUGUGGAGUUUCCAUUACAUUGCUCUUCCUUUUAUUUGCUAGUGGUUUAUUAUUGCACAGAAGACGAUCUUAUCGACCCUCAUCUAUUGAUUCUCAAAUAGCGUAUUAGUUAAAAUUUGUAAACAUUUAUGUUGUACACAAUACAUACAAAAUCAA